AUUGCCGCAGGACCGACGGCGGCUUCCUCCGCCUCCUCCCUCUCCAGCCUCCGGCCAAUGGGCAGGUUCCCCGGGAAACCCUCCGGUAAACAUCGCACUCUCAGCCCCCUCCCCAAGCCCGGGUGGGGGGAAGAGCGCGUGAAGGCACGUCCAGGGCAUCUCCCCGGCGCACAAGCCCCGCGCGUGAUCGGGGCGGCCCCCGCCGGCCCGGGCCUCGUCCGCCCUGGGGGGGGCCUCUUCCCCGCCCCUCUACGGGAGGGGGGCACGAGAAGCCCACAUGAAGACACUGAGGUUUAAGCGAGUAGCCAAAGGUUACAAAAGCAAGAAAGAUCAGAGGAUGAAACUCGAACCCAAGUCCUCCUUCCACCAAAUGGCCCGCUCCCCGCUGGCCAUCUCCACCUGGAGGUCCAGCUUAUGAACUAGAACCA